AUGACUCCCCCUCCCUCCCCUCUGACUGCUUCUACUGAAUCCAGCGCCGUUCGACUUGAGUUCUCUGCAGGCCACUUUUCUUCAGACGAUGCUUUCUUCAAAUUCAUCGUGACUGCAGUCGAGUCUGCUCAAGGCCCCCGAAACUUCGUUUUUACCGACGUGAAGCCGAGCUGGGGAGAGUCUGUAUUUGAUCGGCUUGACGAAACAAUCACGGCACGCAAAACCUGGGAUCCAAAAACGCGUAUCAUCCAACUUAUUACGAUGCCGACCUUAGGCCAUGAUUCUGUUCAAGUGUGGCUUGGAGAACUUCGAAAUGAGUGGUUGACGAGCGGUCAAAUGAGCCAAGCAGAAUAUAACGCCUUUCGAACGAGGGAAUAA